AUGCCUGUCUUCUCCAACAAUAAUCAGGCCGAAACGCUUCAACAGCAGCGGAUAGAGCAAGCACAGUCAGAGGCUCUGUAUAACAUGGCUCGACGCUAUUGCGAAGUAAAAGCAGAGCAAGCGCGUGAGUCGCUUCGAGCUGAAAUUGAGUUGUUCUAUCGACUUCGUCCGGAUUUGUCCCUCCCAGGAGGUGUGGGACAAUCAAUUGAGUCGAUUAACGCUAACCUUGACCACAUUGGUCGGCUUUACCCAGAAUUCUUCCCGCCGGACCGUGAAGACCUGAAUCAGGCUGAGGAUGAGGAUUUGAGUGAGGCUGAGCUGGCAGGAAAUGUUGAACUAGCUGAGUCGCUUCGACUUGAGCUUGAAGACAUUUGUCGGCCGCUUCGAUCUGACCUUGAACACUUACGUCGACAUCACCCAGAUCUCUUUCUGGCGGGAGCUGAAGAUCUGAACCAGACUGAAGACGAAACAUCGAGGAGAGUUGAAGUCGAAGAUCUAUUUGAGGGCAUGUCGAAUCUGUUUCAGCCUGAAGAUGAACGUUCGAGUGGACCUGAGGUCGAAGACUUGUUUGAGGACAUGUGGACUGACUAG